AUGGCUUCCGUUAACCGCCCCACGAACAACGCCAUCAAGGAGAAGGACAUCAACCAGAAACUCCAGCUCUACGGCAUCUAUCAAGCCUUUGCCAAUGGCAAAGUCCCCUCCAACAAGCAGAUUGACGUAGCGCUGAACAGUGCUCUUACCUCCAAGGCCCUCUCAUCACCAUCCUCAAAGCUCUCUGAGGAGGGUCGCAAACUUGUUGGAGAUCUGAAGGAGGUCAUUCAACAGGCCAAAUAUCUGUUGCUGUCCAAGAAUGAGGGAAACUUGCUUCAGGAGUUCAUCUGGGACACCCAACACCUCGACGCCAGCAAUGCCAACCUUCCCAAUGCCCCGACGGAUAAGGCUACCGCUCAACAGCACGGCGAUGAAGCUCUCGAAGGCCUCAAGACCCUUGGCAGACUCAUCCUCUCCAACGGCCAAUUCCGCAAACUUCUAAACGAUGCCACCAUCCUCCUGCGGGACAUGGCUGGUGACGCCGCGCAGAAUGUCGCAGGCAAGGUUAACCCUUCCGAAGAUCAGCUGAACCAAAUCGACCACCCUGCUGAAGACAACACCUGGCACGACGUUCCUGACCUGUCCAAGGAGAACCUAAAGAGCCAGGCACGUGACGCUUACAACCAGAACAAGCCUUUCAGCAGAGACGAAGCCAAAGACGCCGCUCAACAGGGCCUGGACACCGCUCAGCAACACCCCACUGAGGAUAACCAAGAAGCCGGACGCGUGGGGCUGCAGAAUGCGACAGGUACUUUGAAAGACCGAGCGCAGCAGAAUAUCCCCGACGAACGCCAGGAAGACGUAAGGAAGGCCAAGGAAGCCACAUCCCAACAUACCAAGAAUUACCUGAACAAGAAGGUUCCUCAAGAGCGUCGUGACCAAACUAUCUGGCGUCUUAAGAAGAUGGUGGUGGAAAUUCAAGGCCACUCUGACUAUCGCCAAGCUAUUGACACACUGCUCUCCCUUGCGGAGACCUAUGGUGGCCAUGCCACCGACUUGCAUUCGCAGUCCAAAGGGACUCUCAAAGGUGCUCAUGAAGAUGAUAGAUUGCAGAGUGCAGAGGCUAACUUGAAGACGCUGAUUGAACGUUUUGCCAACUACACAAGCACGGAUGACUUCUUCGACGCCUUGAAUCAAAUCUAUCGCGACGCCGACCGUGACCCAGAACUCAAGGAUUGGUUCAAAGCUGUCGACAGAUAUAUCCGCAAAUGUCUGCAGGAGCAAGGAUAUAUCCUUCAAGACGAAGCCAAUGACGAGUACAACCGUCUUCAAGACAAGGGCCGCUUCCUCCUUCGCGACCGUUACCGAAACCACACCGACCGCAUUCUCGACGAGAUCAAGUUCAUCGCGGAUCAAUUUGACCAGGACCCACAGAACAGAGCCUUCGGAGAUGCUCUUCAGAAGCUAUUCCUCGACCUCGGAAACGAUGAGAAUGGCAAGGCCACAUUCAAGCCUCACUUGAUCAAAGAUCUUACCGAGGUCAUUAUUCCUGAGAUCUUUGAAAACACUCGUUACAUUCCAAUCCCCAGAAUUGAAGUUUCCGAUCCCAUGAUCGAUGCUGUGGUUGAGAACCUCGUCAUCGAGAGUGACAACCUCUUCCCCAACGUCUUCGAGUUCGGUAGUGAUAAUUACUUCCGCAUGGGUCGCAAGGGAAUUUCCAAUAAGAGGGAGAACAAGGUCACAAUCGCGGGGUCUGGAAUUCAGAUGGACCUUCAGGAUGUUGCAUACUACAUCAAGAAGAAGCAAGGUUUCCCGUCCAUCACUGACAAGGGUGUCAUGGACAUCUUCCUUGGCGGCGAAGGCUUCAGUUUCAAGAUCGCUGCGCGAAAUGCGAACGCCAGAGACCGCAGCCACUUUGUCGCGGUUGACAAGGUUGACGUCACAAUCAAGAAUUUGAACGUUAAGAUCAAGCAAUCCAACCACAAAUUGUUGUUCAAGAUUGCCAAGCCAUUGUUGCUCAAGACCAUGAAACCUGUUAUCCAAAAGGUGUUGGAGAAACAGAUCAAGGAUGCCUUUAUGAAGGCUGAUGCUUUCGCGUACAAGGUUCACCAAGAUGUGGAAAGCGGCAAGCAGGCGGCUCUGGAGGAUCCUGAGAACGCUCCGAAUAUCUGGCAAUCAUACUGGAACUCUUACCAGAAGAUGUUGACAGAGAAGAAGGAGAAGGCCAAAGAGGCUACUUCCAAGACCAAUGUCAACUUGGCGAUGACCAAACAAGACUCCAUGUUCCAGCAUAUCAACCUGCCAGGUGGUGUUUCGACCAAAGCAACCGAGUACAAGGAACUGGCUGCUAAGGGCGACCGCUGGGAAUCUCCAAUCUUCAGCAUUGGCAGCGCGAAGGAAUCGUCUGACCUCCCCAAGUCGAAAUCUGUCACUCGCAAGCCUCACGACACUGCACCUGCGACUAUCCGUGGCGGCAAUCACCCCAACGAAGACAAUCUGUCUACCGUGACUGGCACCACUGCUACUAGCAACCCUGCGGGAACCACCGGCUUCAGCAACCAAGUUGAUCGAGCAUUCGACACCAACAAGGACAUUGCCAACCCAACCAACGGCAGCACCAACAAGACUUACUACGACGGCGUUACUUCCCAGUAA